CAAAAUCAGUGAAUAACUGAAAUCACUUUUUAAAAAAAUGCUGGAAGAAAUCCAAGUCGUUUACAUGAGUGUUCGAAUUUUAAAGUUCUGGUCCUUGAUUUAUGAUCACAAUUGGCGAAGAUACUUGUGUUUAUCAAUGACCUCAAUUCUUAACAUAACUCAAUUUAAUUACAUGUUUCUAACUCAUGAAAGUGUCGAUGCCAAAAUUCGAAAUGCCUACAUGUUGGUCCUUUGGAGCAAUACCAUAAUUCGAGCUUACCUUUUGGUUCAUCAAAAAGCUAAAUAUGAAAAAUUUCUGAAAGAUUUGGAAUACAUUUACUAUGAAAUUAAAAAAGAUGGAGACAAGUACAUCCAGAGCCUACUUGACGAAACUAACCUCAUGGGAAAAUACAUGUCCAGAUUGAAUUUAUUUCUGGGAUUAUUAACUUGUAUCGGGUUUGGAUCUUAUCCAUUGUUUGCUACUGAAAAGGUUUUACCAUUCGGAAGCAUCGUCCCGGGAUUAGACGAAUACAAGACUCCAUUCUAUGAAAUUCUAUAUGUUUAUGAAAUGAUAGUGACCCCAAUGGGAUGUUGCAUGUAUAUUCCUUUUACCAGUUUAAUUGUGGCCUUCAUAAUGUUUGCAAUUUUGAUGUGUAAGGUUCUACAAUAUCGUUUGAGGAAUUUGAAAAAUCCCGGAGACUCAAAUGAAGUGAUCAAAACAAAGUUGAUUUGGUGUAUUAAGUUUCAAAAAACUAUUAUCAGAUACAUUCAAACUGUGAACAAUUUGACAACUUACAUAUUUUUUCUUGAAUUUAUGGCUUUUGGAAUACUUCUUUGUGCCCUGCUAUUUCUUUUGAUUAUUGUUGAUUCUUUAGCUGAAGCUGUUAUAGUCUGUGCUUAUAUAACAAUGAUAUUUGCUCAAAUUCUGGCACUUUACUGGUAUGCUAAUGAAUUGUAUCAGCAGACCUUAAAUAUUGCUGCAGCUGCCUAUGAAACGAAUUGGUUUGAGUUCGAGAUUCCCACUCAAAAAUAUCUGAUGCUAUUGAUUCUUCGUGCUCAGAAACCAUGUUCGCUAAUGGUUGGAAAUGUACAUCCAAUGAAUUUGGAGACAUUUCAAUCGCUUCUAAAUGUAUCAUACUCGUAUUUUACGUUGCUUAAAAGGAUUUAUGGUUAGAAUUUACGGGAGCACAAAUUUAGUGCAAUUUAAAGCAAAGUUUGAAGAGAAAAUGUAUUUAUUUGGAUUGUAUUUUAGUCGCAAAAUUCGGGAAACACCUUCAAUCCGAAGCUGAUUAAACUAAUUUUAAAACUUUAAGGGGACAGGAUAAUACAAAAGGGUUAUUUCUUUUCAGUGAACGUGUGUCCAAUAUUUGUUAUUAAUGAACGAUUUUGAAAAAGGCAGAUAUGUUGACAUAUGUGUAUUCAAAUAUAUCCCUUGGAUGGCAUUUUUAGAAGAAUAUCAAUCCCUCUUUAGGCCGAAAGGCAGUAGUUAUAAAAUAAUGGAUUAACUAAGAGCGCCCGCAUUGAACUAGUAAGAUAUUUUUUAAGUUUUUGAAAUGUACGUAAGUUUUUUAAGAAUUAUUAUCUACUUUUUAGAUAGUUUUAAGAUUUUGAUAAAAUAAAAAAAAUUAUUAAAACAAAAUCAAUCCCUCU